CUCAACAGUUAUCUUCCACACGAAACUCAAACAAUAUUCUGUCUGCUCCGAUACCAGCCUAUCGGACCUUAUCUUUAUUUCUUAUCCUUGAAUUCAAUUUUUUCCUUACCGCUUCUGCAAAAUCCCGUGCGCGAGAAUGUUGAUAUCUUCCCCGUUAGUGGCCACCACAUCCACCACCACCGCCUCAGCUUACGCCAACUCUUCAUCACUAUCAUCUGCUCUGCCGCUGUACACUCAUCUUCCAUUACGCAACCACCGAUUUUCUCUCGCUACUGCCUUUCGCUUCCUCUUCAAAUCAAAGCCCAUUGAAGUCCCAAAACUCAACACACAUUUCUCCGUUCUUCGUGGCGUCCCUCGCUCCCCUACCUUCCGCGCUUCAGCUGAUGCUAUUACUGCCAUCCAAGAAGACUCCCACUUGGUAGAAGUAGAAGAAGAAGAAGAAGAAGAAGAAGGUGAAUAUGAGGGUGCUGAAUCUCAACCAGAUGAUGCUGGGAAACUAUUUGUGGGAAAUUUGCCUUUCACAGUCACCUCUUCUCAAUUAUCUGAGAUCUUCUCGGAAGCUGGUCAUGUUAGAAAUGUUGAGGUUAUCUACGAUAGAGUUACUCUGAGAAGCCGGGGGUUUGCAUUUGUUACCAUGGGAAGUGUUGAAGAAGCAAAUGAGGCAAUCCGGAUGUUCAAUUUAUCUCAAAUAGGGGGGAGAACGGUGAAGGUCAACUUCCCUGAGGUCCCUAUAGGAGGAGAAAGAGAAGUGAUUGCCCCACGGGUAAGGAGCAGCAAUGCAGAAACUACUGACAGUCAAUUUAAAAUAUACGCCGCGAAUCUCAACUGGAGACUCACAUCUCAUGGCCUUAGAGAAGCUUUUGCAGACCAACCGGGGAUGUUGAAUGCGAAUGUUGUGUAUGACUUGGACUCUGGAAAAUCUCAAGGUUAUGGGUUUAUUAGUUUUGCUUCUGCUGAAGAGUUGGAAGCUGCCCUUAAAGCCAUGGAUGGAGUGGAAGUGGAAGGUCGGCCUUUGAGAUUGCAGGUUGCCAAGGGGAAACGUUUUUAAUCCAUCUGUUGUUGAGAUGAAACCCGAGAAUGUAUUGCAGAUAAUUUAGAGAUGCUUUCUGGGUACUGGGAUCCUUGCAAAGUUAUAUCAAUCCUUCGCUGAUCUGUUGCAUUUAUAGUGCUUCUUUCGCCAAGUUAAUCUUACUGCAGCAUUUUAAGUCAACCACAGUUCAUAAACGUACUAGCUGUUAGUCUUGUUAAUCUAUUGAGCCAUUUGUCUAGGUUUAUUCAACUGAAUUGACUCUCAGGCUUUGUUUGCUUGAGGGAAAAUAGCUUGUUUCGGCUAUUAUUUUCUGAGGAUAUUGUAAUGUUUUUUUCUGAAUUCAUUUAUUUUCCUGUUCUAUGCAAAAUUUAAUGUUUGAUCCACAAAAAAGGAAAACAUGAAUCUGUUUAA